AGUGACGUGGAACUUAAUUUGAGGGCCACCGAAAAGACUUAGAACCACUGUGCAUUGCAAAAAAAUAUCCACCUCGAACUUAGACUAGAGAUUCCAUAUAUGUAUGCUACAGUGGAUGGAUUAAGAGCAGAAGAGAGACACAAGAGAGAUGUGGAGUUCAGAUCUUAUGGCACUCAUGUUGAUAAUAGAGUGCUUGGAGGUUGGCUUAAGCACAUUAAGCAAAGCAGCCAUGAGGAGAGGAAUGAGUGACUUCGUCUUUGUGGUUUACUCUAACGCCCUUUCUGUUCCUAUCCUUCUGUUUUGCUGUCUUCUGUUUCACAGAAGAAGAUUCCCUCCUCCACUCACACUUUCGAUCCUUUGUAGAAUCUUUAUUUUGGGCUUCAUCAGUUGUUCAACACAGAUGUUUUUGUUUGUUGGAAUAAGAUAUAGCUCUCCUACUUUAGCCUCAGCCAUGACUGAUCUUGUCCCUGCUUUUACCUUCAUACUCGCCAUCAUUUCCAGGAUGGAAAAGUUAGACUUGAAAGCUGGAAGCUGUCGUGCCAAAUGUAUUGGUACCAUAGUAUCAAUCAUAGGGGCGCUCAUUGUGACUAUAUACAAAGGCCCCCAAAUUGCUUUUGCAUCAUCCACUUUUAAAAUACUGGAUGAGAAUCUUAGGUCGCAGAUAUCAAACUGGGUCAUUGGAGGGUUUCUCCUUGCAAUUUCUGCCGUCUCGAUUGCACUCUUUUAUGUUGUUCAGACCUCCAUCAUUAGAGACUACCCUGCAGAGCUGAUGUUAACAUUCAUUUGUCACAUCUUUGUGACCAUGCAAUCUUCCAUUGUCUCUCUGAUUGCAGAAAGAGAUCCAAGUGCUUGGAGAUUAAAGCCUGAUGUGGAGUUGAUAGCUGUUGGAUACUCAGCAGUACUGGUGCUUGCAUUUCGUGGUACUGCACACGCAUGGGUUCUGCACAAAAAGGGGCCUGUCUUUGUAGCCAUGUUUAAGCCAGUCGCGAUCGUCAUUGCAGUUGUCAUGGGGGUUACUUUUCUCGGGGAUGUUCUCCAUCUUGGCAGUGUAAUUGGAGCUGCCAUAAUAGCUUUUGGGUUUUAUACUGUGAUGUGGGGGAAAGCCAAAGAAGAGAUUGAAGACAUGACAACCAGUGGCAUUGACUCAUCCUCCCAUAAAGAUCCUCUUCUACAAAACAAGAGCACCCAAGUGUAGAGUUAUUAUUAGAAAGACAAAUCGAAACCAUCUUUGUAGUGGUAAAUUUUUAUUUAAAUUAGUUUUUGUUGGAAGGUGUCCAAAUUUUUAAUUAGUGUAGUAGAUAAUAUUGUACAUAAUACUUUUUAAGUUGAUAUAUUAUUGUAAUAUUAGAUUUACUUAUAAAAUAAGAAAAGUUAUUGCAAA